AAAUCGUAGAAAAAUAUUGAUUGUAAUCAAAAUUAUAGCUUCUCAAAGUUGAAAAAUCUUCCAGACCCAAAAAUGUGUUUCCGUAUUUUACAGGAUUGAUGUGUUUAAGGGUUAACAUCGACCAAGAAAGUACAUAUGCUGCAAGAUUAUGCACUUGCGCAUACAGCCGAUAAUAUGAUACGAAAAGCGUCAAUUUUAAGUUACCAAUUUAAUAAGAAUUGGAAAUCGAGAAACCAAAAAGAGUAACUAUAUUGAUUUUGCUAAUCAAAGAAUUUAUUAUCUGACAAUGAGCGAUGACAGAAUUGCUACAGAUGACACUAUUUGUCUCUCAGCAAUCCUGCCCGAGAAACGAGCGUUAAGUUGGUACAACUAUUUUAGCGAACAAAUAACCAUGUAAAUUUACACGGAUGAAACGGGAAUAUUCUAUUUUGGAAAGAAAUUUGUCUCUUAUUAUUAACUUAAGGAUAAUCUGAGCACACUCGGUGAUACCACCGGUUGGACUCACGAUAACUAGAAAAAUAUUUCUCUUUAUGGAACCAAAUUGGUGCACCUAUAACUUGGAAACAAUAUCAGCAAUUUUACAUGUUUCCUGAUUCAUCCGAAUAACCAACACAUAGUAUGUAAAAUUAAGAAACCUCAACAUGUUAAUAUGCACCCAAAGGAAAAUUGCGCCCAAUCAAAGAAUGAGACACGAUAAUUCUCAACCAUCUCUUUGUUUUUUAACCAAUAAACAAAGUAGUUAAAAAUCUGCGAACGAGAGCGUUGGUAGACGACAAACGGUUGAAGAAAGACUAAGGUGAAAGAUCAUUAAAGGACUUUAUAAAAUGUUUAAGAUUUAUACACAACUUCCAGAAGAUGUACACGAAGUAUAUCGUUUACAGGACCUUGCAUUACCUCCCGCUCUCGACAAGAUACUGCGAAGCGCCGCUAAAUUAAGUCUUAGAUUAGGUGUUGAUGUGUACUUUUAUCAUUUUUCCGGACUAUUUUUAUCAUUUUUCCCACCAUAAAGCAGUAUUAUAGCACAGAUUUUUUAGACGAAAAAGAAAUAGAAUUCUUUAUUAUGAAGGAUGACAAUAGAAUGGCGAUAAAAGGAUCAGAGUGGUUUUCUGCCAUUCUGCCCAGGGAUAAGAUGUUAAAAUGCUUUAGGCAAUUCCAAAGGCCAGGAUUACGAAUUAAAAUAGAUAAAACGGGGAUAUUCUAUUACGAAGAUACUUUAUUGCCGUCCAAUGUUAUUAAAACACAAUUUUGCCUUUUUAAAGACCCUUCUGAAUGGUCUCGAACCAAAAAUAAUUGUUAUUGGCACUUAUUGAUAGAUAAAUGUUCAUCUCUUAAAAGUCGGCAUGUCUAUCGAUCCCCGGCAGUCCCCAUUUUACCUAGCAGUAAGGUGCAGCCACAAUAACACGUUAUUUGUAAAACCAAGUAUAUUUGUUAGCACUUAAAAACUUAUACUAUUACAUAUAUUCUCUAUUAGUUCUUAUUUGUAAUGUUAUAACGUCACGUUGAUCAUGUUUCCACAAAAAAUAAUUGCAAAAUUAAUUAUUUCUAAUAUUUUUGUAUAUCUUUGCGCAAUUUUGUACACAUUAGAUUUAAGGAUAUGAAGAUUACAAUCGAGUAAUUUGCGAAAGCAAAGAAAAUAAAAGAUUUUAUGUUACUACUUGUAAUGAAACGCCCCUCCACCUCGCGCGCACUGCCACUCCGCUCCGUCCACCCGAGCACCGCGGCAACAAGAACCACGUGCGCGCACCGGCUAACCUCUUGACGCGAUCACGCGACAGCACGCGCGCCGUCCGUGGCGUUCUGUAACGUUUCCACUCCGAGCCCGCCGACCAAGCGCGCGGAUUGGUUCGUCCAGCCGCGCGAUCGGAUAUAUAAGCCGGCAGUGGGAACACCGAGUCAGAUCUUCCCGGUCCGCCGAAUCGGACAGAUCGAGAAUCCUUGACCGCACCUCCGAUUCCCGUAAGGACGAGAAUACUCGCCUAUUCCAGUACCUUCGACGAGAAUCUUCGGCUACCCGACGUACUUCCGAACACCUUCUCCGCAGCCAAUCACGGCGAGCAUCCUCGCCGCGUUCCGCAGCCGAGCAUCCUCGGUGAAUUGCGUCACCGUCCGCGACGAGCAUCCCCGUCGAGUUUGUGGGCUAAGCAUCCCUAGCCAAUCAGCUUCGAAAACUCGAACAUCGUCAGAACAUCCGCGUUCUGACGAUAUCCUUGCCUCAAUUUGCGGCUCGGGCGAAGCGCGGAACCGCCACCGUCGCACCGACUCCGCGUUCCGCGAAUCCCCGAUCCCUCCGGACACCGUGUCCGCUUAAACCGUGCGUUUACCGUACAGUUUAUCAUUGCGACUAUCGCGAUAAUGUAGAUUAUGAUCAUUGUUACUAUUAAGUUCUUGCUUACAUCGAUUACUGUUUUUGUUGUUUAUCUUGAUUACCGCGUUAACAUAGAUUAUUAUUCUUCUUAUGUUUUUUUCUUUUCCGCUAUUGUUUCGUUACUCCGAGCAUCACUUUACAUUGAAUUGCACUAGCACGAGCGUUUCGGAUUGCACGAAAGCGUUUGGUCACUACGAUCACCGAGAGCCAAUUGCGAUUCAGCUUAUACCUAGUACGAGGCUCUUUCAUUAAAAUACCAUCUCUCAAUGUAACUCUUAAGUUCUUUAAAUAAAGAUCUAGUCUUUGUUCUAUCUAACAUUCGAGUGCGAUUAUUUUACCGAAUCCGGCCAAUCCGGCGAGCUUAUCCGCAACCGUAUCCUGAUCCUCACCGAACCGACCAAAAACCACCAGCGUUACGUACUUAUGUUACCAUUCACGUACCUAACCAGUUCUUGUUUACCUUUAACUUUUAUUAUGACAACUACUUAAGAUACAAUUUUAACCGUGUUUUAACCAUGUUUUGUAAAACGUAGAAUUAGUUAUUUGUUUAUACUAAUAUCUCAAAGCACGCAUUAGGAUAUCGCUCCGUUAUAAGUUUAAACAAUUAUAUUAGUGAGUGAGAAAAUACGAAAAUUAAAUAAAAAUUUUUACUACUGGCGUACACAAUAAUCUCUUGCUUUUCUUAUGCAUUAUUACACGCAACUUAAACGUUCCCUGGCGAAUAAGUCGCGAAAUCAUAUAGAAAAUAAGUUCAAAUAGUCUUAAACUAAUUAAAGUAUAACCUGGUAACUUCAAAACAAUAAGAAAAAUCAUGAAAAGCUAAGACAAAAUCGCAAAAUAUAAAAGGUUAAAAAUCAAAUAUUGUUACCCCGAUAAGCAUAUCUUUCAUUAUUCUUUUGUCUGAUUUUAGUAUCACCGACAAUAAUUAUUAUAAGCCAAUAAUUAAGUGAAUCUCCGCGUGUUACAGACAAUGUCUAUAAUACUCGCAAUCUUAAUAAUUGUAAACCCCGUGGCAUUCCUCGGAUACGACUGCGGAGGAUAACACCUGAAUAUUACUACUAUCUCGUCAUUGGACGUAGGCGAGUGUAAUUUAAACAUUAAAACAGCAAAUGCAACAGAAGUGUACAUCCAGCUACUGCAGUUAUCUGUGUACAACUAUGCCAAAGUUAUCUAGUGUAAGGUGGAAAUUUCGCGCACCGUCUAACAUUGUAGAAUGCACUCCUACAUUUCAGCGGUCCAGAACGGCAGAGCAAACUAUCUUCAUGAAGUUGGACACGACCAGUGUAUGAGAACGGCACUUUCUCAUUUGGACCUAACAACUAUAUGACGGGUCUGAGAGUCAAUCAGACCACUACCAGAAGUAUUACUCUCGCAGGCGGCACCGAUAAUGAAGGAGGCUGCGAAACAACUCAAUAUUCAGAUCAAUAUGGAACUUGGAGGAAUGUUAUAGUACAAGGAGUAGCAAAGAUUACUCUUUGAUCUUCCUACGCUCCAGUUCACUUGGAAUCCGGUAGAAUAAUAUUAAAAUCUAGAACAGUUUGUCAACUAAAAGAUGGAACUUGCCUUAACUCAGACGAUGGAUAUUCAUUCUGGAAAGUCGCCCCAGUAUCACCCUGUGACUUUCACCAGUAUGACGUACUUUAUGAAGGACGAGCAACAAAGAUGCAGGAGAAUUCAACCAACUCGAAUUCGCCAGUGGUCUACGGCUUUACCACUUAAGAUACUACAUUUGCACUUACUAAAACUUGUGAAAUGCCUCUGUGCGGUUAUACGCUGUUCCGCACCGAGCAUCCGAAACUCUUUAUAUUGGAAACAAGUAAAGGAGAUACUCUUUCCAACCAGAAGCAGAUCCCCAUAAAAAAUCUAGACAUUUUUGCAUACAUGAACUCUAAGUUCGUGUACGUUGGAAAACAUAUUCGACAACAAAUGGUUUCAUUAUACCAUAAUGUGAUGCAACAAAAGUGUAAACUCGAAAGAUAAGUAAUCACUAACGCCCUGUCUUUUGUUACAACCUGACGAGUUUGCCUACAGAUUAAUGAAAGGACCUGAAUACAUGGCCGUCACCACAGGAGAGGUUAUAUUUGUGAUAAAAUGUAUACCAAUCGACGCCAUCGUGCUCCGACCUAAGGAGUGUUACACGGAACUUCCAGUAACCGUGCACAACACUAGCAUGUUCCUGACUCCGAAGUCCAGAAUACUUACUAAGGUGGGAAAUCAACGAGAAUGCAACCACGAAAUGCCCACUCUGUAUCGAAUCAAAGACACCUGGAUGCAGAUGUCACCGGAUCCACAAGUUCGACAACUGCCGCCCCAACAGCUUAAACCAAUGGCCCAAUUAAUCUGGAGCUACUUGACACCUGGACCCCUCGCUGUCAGUGGAAUCUACUCAGAAAAGGACAUAGAACGCCUACGAGAACACAUCAUGUUCCCCGCCAAGAAACCAGCUGUGCUUAACUCUAUUGCCCGAGGCUUGACCGGACACUCGUUCGACCCCAACACCGUUUUCUUGUAUAACAUGUUGGACGAGGACGCACUAAACAAAAUUGCAGAAUCAGCAGUCUCUAGAGUUUGGCGAAGAUUUAUCUCAUUUGGAUCAGCUACAGCAGGAUUAUUCGGAAUAUUUCUGAUAAUCCGACUGAUAAAAAUCAUUAUUGACACUACGAUGCAUGGUUACGCUUUGCACACUGCAUAUGGAUGCAGUAUGCAUCUCCUGGGAGCCUUGUGGAGCUCCAUUACUUAUUUCCUUCUUCACUUGGCCAGAGGACCAGUCGACAAGGAUGAAAAACAGCAGCAUGACGACCGGAUAGCAGUCAGUAAACCAAUCGAGGUAACCUCGCGAGCCGCUUAACAGAUCAAACUUGAAACCGACCGAUUACGUCUUUUAGACUAACGUCACGAGAAACUAACCAAUAACAUGAAGGAUUUGAAAACUAAACUUUUGAUGACAGCUCUGGAGGAAUCCAGACUACCAACCAAGUAAUUUUCAUCUAACUAUUAUUAUGUCGACAACCAAUAAGCAUUCAAUGACGGAAUUAUGAUUUUUUACUAGUUAUAUUAUUUAAUUGUUUUAUGAUUAUAUGGUAGUUAUCAUUUUAUCGUUUUGCUACAAUUUUAUUAUUUAGUUUCUAUAUUUUCGAUCUUUUGUUACUGAACUUUAUUAUCAGCCUCCACUAUAUUUGGGAUAGCAAAAGUAUAAUCCAUUAUUAUUCUUUUGCACAAUUGUUCAAUUAUUACUAUUCUCGCGACCGUGACACGUGUAUUAACCGCGUUGCGAUUUUUGACCGAUGGAAUAUAAGAUAGCUUUAAGAUAUUUCAGUUUAAAUUUUGCAAUCAUGACGAACGUAUGAUUCCAUUUGUGGUGAUCAACCAAGGUAAGAAUAUUGCCUUAAUCCUUUUACCUUUCAAUUCUGACAAUGGACAGAUUUAAAAUGACACAUUUUGAAACAUAAAUAAUCUUACACUUACCUGCCUACUCUUGACGUCUUGAUUAAUCGAUGGCAGCAUGAUUCCCAAUUCUUAAAAUUAAAAUUCUAAUAACUAAGAACGUGUUAAAAUCAACUAAACAGUUUUUGAUCAAAUAACGUUUUAUUUAUUUGCACAAUGAAAUCAAUAUAAAUGUGAAUAUCUAGUUUUGCCGAAAAUAAAUUUUAAAAUAAUUAAUAUUAAACUCUUAGUGAACGAAAUAAAUUUGAUUUCUAUAAGUUCUUUAACUAUUAGCUACACUCUACAUGUUACACUAAAUUAAAUUAUUUUCAAAAAUUUGAUAUCUCAAAAAUAUUUUGUAUCUCAAAAUUUUAAUCGACAAGCUAAAUUUUUUAUAUGACAUUAAUUGCGUAGUCUCUCGCCCUGAACCCGAGAACCGCAGUCCCAUGUCCAUAUCUUAAAUAAAUUUUCUAUAGUAACUAAAUAAACUGGAAUAAUUUUAUUAAAAAAACUUAACCUAUAUAGUCAGUGUUGGUACACAACCCACAUUAGGACAUUUACAAAAUCGGGAUAAAAUAAUAUUAUUUUCUUAGUUUUAUUAUAACUUCAAAAUUUUUGAUCGAUAACCUCAGAAACUCAUAGGACAUAAAAUUACUAAUAAUCAAAGAUCUAAACAAUCACACAGGAAGUACCCAAAUUUAACAAAUUUAACCCAUAAUAAUAUAAUGAUAUCAAAAAUCUUACGAUGACUAGGUGAGCUAUGUAUUGGCAUUAAUACCGUUUUACCUCCUCUAUAAGCCCACACUAAUAUUUAUCACUCAUAUUAAUAUUUAUAAUAAACUUUUAAUUUGUUUAAACAAAAUACAAAUUUGGAAUUUUUAUAAAUCUUAUCGUACAACUUCUUGGGACCCCCAGAAUUCAACUACACACCUUUUGUUCGAAUCAAAAAUAUCAACUUUUUUAAUUGUUUAAAUAAACAAAUUAUCAAAAAUCCGAGAUAUACGAGAAGCGCUUUCCUCAAAAACAAUUUUAGGAAUUUGUUUGAACUCUUAAUCUCUAACCGUUUCGGAGAUAGAAUUUUUCAAAGUUACUUACCCCCCCCCUCCCCCCGGCCCCCUUUGCUCAAAUUGCACUUACAAGGGGAGGACCAAGUGAGAGACCCUGGGAUUUUGAUCCCAAUUUUUUUAAUUAUUCUGGAGACGAAAAAAAAGUUUACGUCUC